AUGGCUGGCAAAGUUCUGUUCUUUACUGGAGCACCUGAGAGCAACGCGCUGGACUGGAACCCAAGCGGGUUACUGUCCGAGUUUCAGGACGCCAUCGCUGCGUUUGCGAGUAUCGGCACAAACAGCCCACAGCCGCCGUCAUCCACGACCUCAUCUAUGCCUGAGCAUGCUGCUUGGAGGUCGCUGCCACUGACCAACGAGAAUCUUCCAACUUGCUUCUCGCAGCGGUAUGCCAUCAACUUCCAUCAUGGUCCUGAUGAAUGUUCCUUUGGACCCAGUCCCGAGUUCCUGACCACCGUCACGCUGUCCUUCACCUCGGACGGUGACGGCGGCGAUCAAACGGCCGCCCUCUCUCAAUUCUACGAGCACUCGAUGGCCGCUCAUAAAGAGCUGGUUUCCUCUCAGCUGAUUUCGCAGUCCACUGGGCAGGCAACCUCCUUUCUCAGUGACGACACCUCUUUCGUCAGCGGCCACGGCAGCCAGCCUGGUUCCAUCAAGGGCCCACUCUUGUUCCGGGGCAGCGAGCUCCUUAGUGACCUCAGGAGCAUUCCUUCGGCGGUCCAUCUUACCAAAAUCCAGCCGCAAACCAUGACUUGCAAUUUGAUCGUGGGCAUCAUCUCCAUUUCACAGCCAAAGACCAUCAAGACGCGCUGGGGUGCUACCAAGUACCUAGUUGAAAUACUGGUCGGAGACGAAACCAAGGCUGGGUUUGCUAUAACGUACUGGCUGCCAUACGACACGGUGGACGAGAGUCCUCUGGCGGGAUUGCGGCCGCGGGACAUCGUCCUCGUACAGGAUGUAGCUCUGAACGUCUUUACGAACAAGGUCUACGGAUCGAGUUUGCGCAAGAACCUGACCAAGGUGCACCUGCUCUACCGGAUGAAGCUGGAUUCUCGAGAUGUCGGCGGUUACUACAGCACUUCCGACUUGUCUUAUCCCGGGCUUGCCCACCCUCAGCUCGAAAAGACCCGCCGUGUUCAAGAUUGGGUGCUGAAUUUUGUUGGUCGCGGAAACCACGACAAAGGGCAGCCGAACCCCCGGCCUUGGUGGGAUAAGCCCCCAGCCGACGACACACAGCUGAUGUGA